GUAAACAGUGUAUCUUCACAAAAAACCUCUCACCCCAUAAGGAUUACACAGAUAACUAAAACUGCAAGAGGAGUGCUGUUACAUAUCAGUACCUUUCAAGCAUCAAGCAAUGGUGUAAUUGUAAGAAGGAAUUAAUUACUGAUACCAGUGAGGAAUCUGUUCAGUCUUCUGAUCCAUCCAUCCUGCUCUUCUGAGGGCACCAUUUUCCUCCUCCAUGAGGUUACUGUAAGCAAUAAUGGGAAAGCUCAAUAACGCAUCAGUAGAGCUGAACUCACCUUCUGAGUUGAAGGAGGCUACUCUUGAGGAAUCAGAAGAACCCACUGCCUCAGACACUGUCACCACAAAGAAGAAAAAAAAGGUUCCUGACAGAGGUUCUUGGAAAGGCAAAUUUGACUUCUUGCUGUCCUGUGUAGGAUACGCCAUUGGCUUGGGCAAUGUUUGGCGCUUCCCCUACCUCUGCGGCAAGAAUGGAGGAGGUGCCUUCCUAAUUCCUUAUUUUCUGACACUGGUGUUUGCUGGGAUUCCACUUUUCCUGCUGGAGACAGCUCUUGGACAAUACACUUCAGUUGGUGGACUUGGAGUGUGGAAACUAGCACCCAUGUUUAAAGGAGUGGGCCUGGCUGCAGUGGUUCUCUCCUUCUGGCUGAAUAUCUACUAUAUUGUCAUCAUUGCCUGGGCCCUCUAUUACCUCUUCAACUCUUUCACUGUGAACCUGCCUUGGCAGAAUUGUGGAAAUGCCUGGAAUACAGACAGAUGCUUCUCUAACUAUUCCUUGAAUGACACCACCAACCUGACCAGCGCUGUGACCGAGUUCUGGGAGAGAAACAUGCACCAAAUUUCUGGAGGCCUAGGGGAGCCAGGAAAUAUUCGUUGGCCAUUGGCUGGCACACUCGCAUUAGCCUGGGUCCUGGUCUAUUUUUCCAUUUGGAAAGGAGUCGAGUGGACUGGAAAGGUUGUGUACUUCUCAGCUACUUACCCUUACUUCAUGCUGUUUAUUCUCUUCUUUCGUGGAGUCACCUUGCCAGGAGCCAAGGAAGGAAUCCUCUUUUACAUCACACCAGAUUUCAGCAAACUCUCCCAGUCUGAGGUUUGGAUGGAUGCAGCCACACAGAUCUUUUUCUCCUAUGGCUUAGGGCUGGGGUCUCUGAUUGCCCUAGGAAGCUAUAACAAUUUUCAUAACAAUGUCUACAGAGAUUCCAUCAUUGUCUGUGGUAUAAAUUCCUCGACAAGCAUCUUUGCAGGAUUUGUUAUUUUCUCCAUUGUUGGUUUCAUGGCUCACAUCACCAAGAAGCCAAUAGCUGAGUUGGCCUCCUCAGGUCCAGGACUGGCCUUUCUUGCCUAUCCACAGGUUGUCACACAACUGCCCAUGUCCCCCCUCUGGUCAGUUCUCUUCUUUUCCAUGCUUAUGAUGCUGGGUCUUGACAGCCAGUUUUGCACAGUGGAAGGCUUCAUCACAGCCUUAAUGGAUGAGUACCCACACCUAUUGAGAGCAAGGAAGAAAACCUUCAUUGCAAUAGUGUGUUUCAUUUCCUACCUCAUUGGGUUCUCCAAUAUCACCCAGGGUGGCAUCUAUGUUUUCAAGCUGUUUGAUUAUUACUCAGCCAGUGGCAUGUGUCUCCUCUUUCUUGUCUUCUUUGAGACUAUCUCCAUUUCCUGGUGUUAUGGAGUGAAUCGAUUUUACAGUAACAUUGAAGAGAUGAUUGGUUAUAAACCCUGUGGAUGGUGGAAGAUAUGCUGGUCCUUCUUUACUCCACUUGUUUGCUUGGGGGUUUUCUUCUUUAGUGUGAUUGAGAUGACUCCCCUGAGUCUAGGAAAAUAUGUUUACCCAACUUGGGGUCAAGGCAUUGGAUGGUUCAUGGCCUUGUCCUCUAUGGUCUUGAUCCCAGGAUACAUGCUGUACUUUUUCUUCACUGCAAAAGGAACAAUCCGACAGCGUUUUCAACUGAUGAUCCAAGCCACACAAGAUGAGAAAAUUCAGCAUAAUGGACUGCAACCAAAGGCUUCACUGAAUGGGAGUGUUUCCGAAGCUGCUGUCUAGGCAGAGAAAACAUCCUUAUUCUGCAGCUUAAAUAUUGGACUUCAAGGGACCCUGUUUAUGUUCUUGGAAUCUCUCCUCACCCAUCCCCUUUCAAAAACCCUGAAGCUAUUAUCUAUUGUCCAGUAUUAUUUUAUCUAUCUUUUUAAAUGUCAGUUUUGUAUCAUGUGUUUCCCAGUCUUGCUUUUUCUUUUCCUUAUACUUACUGUGUGCCUUUUCUAAAGUCUAAGCCUGCUGGCAGGGUCCAUUGUCAUUAGCUCUGUUUUGUAUAGUGCCAAGUUUCUUAUUUACAUAAGAAUCCCCAAGUAUAUGUCAUGAACAAUAACCAUCAUAUAAAAAGAGUUGAUUUUGUCUUAAGGAUUGGAAUUUCAACUGUUUAGCCUGAAGCACCUUUGAAUUUGGCGACUACAACCUGCGUGCACAUUUCCUGGAAUAAAUCCCACUGAAACUAAA